AUAAAUAAAGAAGCAUCUGCAAUUAUAUGUUCCACAACUGCUCUUGAUUAUAGAUCACCGAAUUCACGAGUCACGACAGUCUCCCGGCCUAAGCAUCCAGUAAAGCACAAAAAUGGAGGGCACCGUCUUCACUCCUGCACUAGAGAAAAUACAGCAUGUAAAGUCUGAGCAAGGAGAAAUAUUGACCAUGCCUUUCUUAGAUGUGUGCAAGCAGAUAUUGCCCGUUAUAGAUAAAUUUGGAGCUGCAAUGGCCCUUGUUAAAUCUGACAUAGGUGGAAACAUAUCGAGAUUGGAAUCUAUGUAUAAUUCCAAUCCAGUGAAAUUCAACUACCUAUAUAGUUUGGUGCAAAUAGAGGUUGAAACUAAAACUGCAAAGUCAGCAUCCAGUUGCGCCAAUGGACUUCUUUGGUUAACAAGGGCAAUGGAUUUCUUGGUGGCAUUAUUCCAAAACUUAAUUGAGCAUGCAGAUUGGUCUAUGUCACAAGCCUGUACAGAUUCCUAUAACAAAACCUUAAAAAAGUGGCAUGGUUGGCUUGCUAGUUCAAGCUUCACUGUUGCUAUGAAGCUUGCUCCUGAUAGGAAAAAGUUCAUGGAUGUCGUAGGAGGCUCUGGUAAUAUCAAUGCUGACAUGGAGAAAUUUUGUUCAGAAUUUUCUCCUUUCCUUGAAGAGAAUCACAAGUUUCUGGCUCGCUGUGGCUUAGAUGAGAUGAAGGCUUCCUAAAUUAAGAAAUGUGAUCAAAAGUCUCCAGUUUCACCUGUGACAUCCAAAAUAGCAAAUAUUAAUGACAAAUAAUCUGUGAAUUAAUUCCCGUACUGUUAGUUACUAUAAAUAUCUUAUGUUAUUGUGUUGGCCUACUAGUAUUGUAGUGGCUUCAGAAUACAAAAACCUGAUUUGCUUACUAUAUUUUUAGAAGUUUUUAUGGAAAGCUUAUCUAGGGUUUAUGAGGAUGAGUUGUUAACUGGAGUGCAUAAGCAAUAAUUCAGUGGACUUCUUUGUGUAAGAUCAUGUUUUACACAUGAGCAAAUAUUUUCUAAAUGUUUUUUUAUCAAAAAAAAUUCAUCAAAUUGACUC